AUGAUACAUGUGGCUUAUGCCUCAUAUUCCUAUGCAGGGUCCUCCAGUUCAGAAGACAAAGAUCAGUCCUUGAGAACACACGGUAUGGCCACCAGGGACUUGGCAGGAGGAAUGGUCUUCUUACUACACACCAUAAUUGGAGUUUGGGGGAAUUUCUCUCUUCUUUAUCAUUAUUUAUUACUUUACUUUACUGGGUACAGGCUGAGGUUCACAGAUUUGAUUGUCAGCAACCUGAUCAUGGCCAAUUUUUCAGUUCUGUCUUCUAGUGGAGUCUCCCAUACCAUGUCAUCCUUUGGGUGGUAUCAUCACUUCACUGAUUUGGGAUGCAGAUUUUUCUUCUAUGUACGUGUUGUGCGCAGGGGUGUGUCCAUUGGCACCACCUGCCUUUUGAGCAUCAUCCAAGCCAUCACCAUCACCCCCAUGAACUCCAGGUGGGCAGAGCUUAAACAUAAAGCUCCCAAGUACAUUGUCCCUUUAAUUUUUCUGUACUGGGUCCUGCAAAUGUUGAUAAAUGUUGUUUUUCUUACAUAUAUGUCUAGCACUUUGAGGUACAAAAAUAUCACCAAUAUGAAACAUUUUGGGUACUGUUCGUCUGUUCGUCAUGAUAAAAUAGGGGACUCAUUACACGCAGUAUUGAUAGCAUCCCCUGAUUUUUUAUGUUUUGCACUCAUGCUCUGGGCAAGUUGCUCCAUGGUCUGCAUCCUGCAUAGACACAAGUAGAGGGUCCAACACAUUCACAGAACCCACCUCUUCUCUCCAUCUUCUCCUGAGGCCAGAGCUACCAAAACCAUUAUUCUCCUGGUAAGCACAUUUGUCUUUUUGAAUGCCCUUUCUUCCAUCUUUCAUAUUCUUUUAUCUAUUUUAAAGAACCCCAACUGGUUCAUCAGGAACACCAGUUCAGUACUCUCUCUGAGUUUCCCAACUGUCAGCUCUUUUCUGAUCCUGAGUCGUGACUCCAGUGUCUCCAGGCUCAGCUUUGCCUGGUUAAGCAAUAAAAAAUCCCCUAAAGUUAUGAGAAGUAUGUAA